UUUCCCUCCUGACUGCAGCUGGUUGUCAGUCUUUGUCUGACCUGACGAACAGCCAGCAGUGUGUGCUCUGCGGCUCAGCUGUCUCUUAAAAAUACCAUGCCGAGAUUAUAAACUCUGAAGAUGUCUACUGAUCCAGAGACGGUCCCGUGUACCAACAUGUCAGAUGCACCUGGGCCAGGUAAAGGAAGUGCUUUUGACUCUGCCAACACUGAGGAGAAGCGCAGCAAACACGUGACGUCCAGUGGAGGAGAUGUGAAUCGGGACAGCUGGAGACACCUGUUGGGUCAGCCAUCCAACUCCAAGAAAAGUGCUGCAACCAUCAUCUUCACUCUGAAAAAUGAAGUGGGAGGUCUUGUCAGGGCUCUGAAGCUUUUCCAGGACAAACAUGUCAACCUUGUUCAUAUUGAGUCUCGUAAAUCCAAACGUAGGGACUCGGACUUUGAGAUCUUCGUGGACUGUGAUUCGGAGCACGAACAGCUGAAGGAGCUGACUCAGCUGCUGAGGAAGCACACGGAUGUUGUUGAGAUCACGUCGCCUCACAACUCUGCUCUACUUGAUGACGGUGUGGAGGGUGCUCCCUGGUUCCCCAAGAAGAUCGCUGAUUUGGACCUUUGUGCCAACAAGGUUUUGAUGUACGGCUCUGAACUAGAUGCCGAUCACCCGGGAUUUAAAGACAAUGUCUACCGCAAACGAAGGAAAUACUUUGCUGACCUGGCCUUGAACUUCAAACACGGCAGUGCCAUACCUCACAUCAACUACACAGCAGAAGAGGUGUGUACCUGGGGCAAGGUGUUCAGGGAGCUCAACCAGCUGUAUCCCGACCACGCCUGCAGAGAGCAUCUGAAGAACCUCCCACUCCUGACCAAACACUGUAACUACAGCGAAGACAGCAUCCCUCAGCUGGAGGAGGUUUCACAAUUCCUGAUGGAGCACUCAGGUUUCAGCAUUCGACCCGUAGCCGGGUACCUGUCUCCCCGGGACUUCCUAGCAGGUCUGGCAUUCAGAGUGUUCCACUGCACCCAGUAUGUCCGCCACGCCUCCGAGCCUCUUUACACGCCUGAGCCGGACACAUGCCAUGAACUGCUGGGUCAUGUUCCCUUGCUGGCAGAGCCCAGCUUCGCCCAAUUCUCCCAGGAACUUGGAUUGGCGUCGCUCGGUGCCUCAGACGAGGAAGUACAGAAACUUGCCACGUGUUAUUUCUUCACAGUGGAGUUCGGUCUGUGUAAGCAGGAUGGAGUGUUAAAGGCCUACGGAGCUGGACUCCUCUCCUCGGUCAGCGAACUCAAGCAUGCUUUGUCUGGGGAGGCCAGCAUCCGCCCGUUUGACCCCGUCCUGACCUGCAACCAGGAGUGCAUGAUAACCACGUUCCAGGAGGUCUACUUUGUUGCAGAAAGUUUUGAAGAAGCCAAAAACAAAAUGAGGGAGUUUGCCAAAACGCUGAAGCGGCCCUUCACAGUGCACUACAACCCCUACACCCAGAGUGUGGAUGUCCUGAAGGACACCAGCAACAUCAACAGCAUGGUGAAAGACAUCCGCCACGAGCUGGACAUUGUAGAAGACGCUCUGAGCCGACUCAGCAAAAAGCAGAGAGACUAACAUGCCCGAUCCUGUUUCUUAAGGGCCUCUAUCCUGCAUGCUGUAGACGUGUCUCUGGUUAACGGUAAACUAUGGUGUGCUGCGCUUUGUUGCACAUAGGAGAAAAAACAGUCUGGUGGCUUUUUGUUUGACUUUAACAGAGAAAGUAAACAUAAUUUCUAAAAGGUAAACGUGUUUAUAUCUGAAGGCUGAGUUUGCCACAGCUUCAACAUCUGAUUACAUACCUUAUUUAUUCAUGUAGUUUGCCACUAUUCCACCUUUUCAGAUGUUUAAAUCAUUUUCUUGCCGAUCCGGUCUGUCGGACUUUGUAAAAAAACUGAGCUGACAUUUGCUGCAUGUUUUAGAUCAUGAACACAGCAGAUUUGUUUUCUUAACCCUCCCACUGUCCUAAUGGGUGGGUUUUAGGCCACUGUCACUGGGCGGUGGCUCACUUUCAAAACAUGUGUAAGGCUCUCAGUUUCCUUUGUUUACCCAUAAAUAAAUCUAAAUAAAUAAGUCCAAAACAACGACA